GAGCCUGAUAAGCGGAGAAUCGCCAUAGUCUGACGACAGGGUGUCAAGACAAGAAUAAAGUCGAGGGCAACUCAGACCACUGGUGGAGGCGUUCGACGAGAAAGCAAGGCUUUCAGCCGGGAGUCGAGGUGGAGGUGGAGGGGUUGGGGAGCGGAGCCGGAAAAUAGGAAACUACAGCUCCCAGAAGGCGUAGCGGCAAGGUCCCGGAUGCUGGGGUCGUGAAGCCUGAUGGGGAAGGUAGUUUUGCGAGCGACUUAACCUAGAGGUUAGCGAGGUUGGAAGUUCUGAGGCCCGGGGCGCCCGGAGUCGGAGAGAGAUGGAACUGGAGCAGAGAGAAGGGACCAUGGCAGCUGUGGGCUUUGAAGAGUUCUCGGCGCCGCCAGGCUCAGAGUUGGCGCUGCCUCCUUUGUUCGGUGGUCACAUCCUGGAGAGCGAGCUUGAGACAGAAGUGGAGUUUGUGUCUGGGGGUCUGGGUGGCUCCGGGCUCCGGGAGCGAGAUGAAGAGGAAGAGGCAGCCCGGGGCCGGCGGCGGCGCCAGCGGGAACUAAACCGCAGGAAGUACCAGGCACUAGGUCGACGCUGCCGGGAGAUCGAGCAGGUGAACGAGCGGGUCCUGAACAGGCUCCAUCAGGUACAGAGGAUAACUCGGAGACUCCAGCAGGAGCGGAGGUUCCUCAUGAGAGUGCUGGACUCCUACGGUGAUGACUACCGCGCCAGCCAGUUCACCAUCGUGCUGGAGGACGAGGGCAGCCAGGGCACAGACGCCCCCACCCCAGGCAACGCCGAGAACGAGCCUCCAGAGAAAGAGGGGCUGUCCCCGCCUAGAAGGACGCCCGCACCCCCAGAACCUGGCAGCCCGGCCCCUGGCGAGGGGCCCAGCGGGCGGAAGAGGCGGCGAGCACCCCGGGACGGCCGCCGAGUGGGAGCUGCGCUGACUCCAGAACUGGCCCCAGUGCAGAUUAAGGUCGAGGAAGACUUCGGCUUUGAAGCGGACGAGGCCCUAGACUCCAGCUGGGUUUCUCGGGGGCCGGACAAACUGCUGCCCUACCCGACCCUAGCCAGCCCCGCCUUUGACUGACCCCACCCCCACCCCAGUAAACCAACCCCUACACUCGCCUCG